CCGUGUCCGUGUCCGUCCGUCCCUCACCUCCUCCGGCCCUCCGCUUAUAACGAGAACAAGCAACAGCUGGAGCAAACAAACACGCGCGGCAAGCCUGACGCGGAAGCAGGGGAAGGAGAGAGAGCGAGCGAGAUGAGAUCGAGGGUGGCGCUGGAGCCGCUGGCGGAGGAGCCCGGCGGCGGUGAGGAGGAAGCGGCGCGGCGGCGAACGGGACUCCACGCGGCGCUGCACCGGUGGGCGCGACUCCUCUCCGGGGGCGCGGCAGGUGACGACGCCCGACCGGCCGCCGACCUGCGGGUGCUCCUCUCCGUGCUCGCCUGCCCGCUCUCCCCCGUGCCCGUCCUCCCGCGCCUUCCCCGCCACGUGGCGUCGUCGGCGCAGUACAUCAUCGAGCAGUUCAGGGCCACCACGGGGUGCGGGAAGCUCGAGGACGGCGCCGUCAAGAGCAUGUACGCGUCCGGCCGGGUGCGCCUCUCCAUGCUGCAGGAUCCCAGCGGCGGGGGGUCAGGCGUCAUCGGCAGCGGCGGCGGGCGCGGCCACGAGGGGAGCUUCGUGUUGUGGCAGCUCGCGCCCAGCAUGUGGCUCGUCGAGAUGUCCGUGGCCGGGCAGAGCGUCGCAGCGGGCAGCGACGGCCGCGUCGCCUGGCGCCGCACGCCCUGGCUCGGCGCCCACGCCGCGCGCGGCGGCUCCCGCCCGCUCCGACGCGCGCUCCAGGGCCUGGACCCUGUGACGAUCGCGUCCAUCUUCUCGACGGCCGAGCACGCCGGCGAGAAGGAGGUGGACGGCGAGGACUGCUUCGUGCUGCGCCUGGACGUGGGUCCCUCGGUGCUGUCGAGCUGGAGCGACGGCACCGCGGAGGUGAUCCGGCACGGGCUGACGGGCUUCUUCAGCCAGCGCAGCGGCCUCCUGGCGCGGCUGGAGGACUCGCAGCUGACCCGGAUCCAGUCCCCCGGCGCGGCCGCCAUGUACUGGGAGACCACCAUCGCGUCGACCGUGUCGGACUACCGCGCCGUCGACGGCGGCGUGGCCGUCGCGCACGCCGGCACCUCCACGGCGCACCUCGCCCGGUUCGGCGUCGGCGUCCGCGCCGCGCGCGUGGUGACGCGGAUGGAGGAGUCGUGGACCAUCGACGACGUGGCGUUCAACGUGCCGGGGCUCGGCCCGGACGCCUUCAUACCGCCGGAGGAGGUCAGGAGGAGCCGGUCCUACGGCGCCGCCAUCGCCGGUGGCAAGUGAGCGACCUCCAUCAUGUCAGGGCUCCGGCCUGCGGCGUUUGUGUAACAUAGUCUGCAUAGAGAGAGAGAGCUUUGUUUUAGUAGCUUAUUCGUCUUUGUCUGUCUUCCGUUUGUAACUUCGUGAGUGAGCUUGGCAUCGAUGAUCGUGCAUGUACAUAUAUGUAUUCUGAUUUACCCAGAAAUAAUAAUGACAAAAAUUUCCAAA